GCAAUACAAAGAUUUGCUUUUCGACGUAUUGUCUCGCUGAUGUUGGGAGUACACCCCCAUCUGCUGCGAAAGGGCGGCGGUGCUUGGACGCCGAGAGAAACGGGGAUGAGGAGAGUCAUGUCGGCGUGAGUGCCGUGUCUUUGUGUCCACGGCAGCGGAGCUCGUGUGGGUGUGUCUCAUCAGCCACCUACUAGCCUACUUCCCACCUUAACCAACGCUGUCGAGGUAGCCAUGGCAACCAGUGCUGUGCCAAGUGACAACUUGCCAACGUACAAGCUGGUGGUGGUGGGGGAUGGUGGUGUUGGGAAGAGUGCCCUCACCAUCCAAUUCUUCCAGAAGAUCUUUGUGCCAGAUUAUGAUCCCACGAUAGAAGACUCAUAUCUGAAGCACACAGAGAUAGACGGGCAGUGGGCAAUACUGGAUGUGCUGGACACAGCGGGCCAGGAAGAGUUCAGUGCGAUGAGGGAGCAGUAUAUGAGGACAGGAGACGGCUUCCUCAUUGUCUUCUCUGUGACAGACAAGGCCAGUUUUGAACAUGUUGACCGAUUCCAUCAACUCAUACUACGGGUCAAAGACAGGGAGGCCUUCCCCAUGGUGUUGGUGGCAAACAAGGUCGACCUGGUCCAUCUGAGAAAGGUCACCAAUGACCAGGGCCAGGAGAUGGCUGCAAAACAUAAUAUAACGUAUAUUGAAACCAGUGCUAAGGAUCCUCCGAUGAAUGUGGACAAAGCCUUUCAUGAGCUGGUCCGCGUUAUAAGACAGCAGAUCCCCGAGCGGAACCAGAAAAAGAAAAAGAAGAUGAAGUGGAGAGCAGAACGUUCCACAGGAUCCCACAGGUUCCACUGUGCCAUAUUGUGACCUUGCUCGUCCUCUUUUAUCAUUCUCAACAUACAGUGCACACACCCACACACCUUUGGAUGUCAGGGAACUCCCCAGCAGUGGUUAGCUACUGGAGCACAAAAGGGAGGGAGGGGGGUUAUCAAUGAACGGCUGAUGGAUUCAGAGGGACCAGAAGGACAUGUGAAUCCGUCAUUUCGGACUGAUGUCCCCUCAGCGCCUCACAAUGCCUUGGAACGAGGGACGUGUCCUCUUCUCCUCAGUUUAUGGUCCACCUCUGAAGAUCUAUGGAUCCCUUCCAUCAGCAGAGAAGAUGAGUGUCACUGAACUGUUUCUCAAUCAAGUGUAAUUUUUGAAUUUAUUCUUAAUUCAUUAUCAAAUAUUGCACAAGACGUCAGACUCUAACAUUAGAAUCACCUUGAUAACAUGGACUUUUGUCUUGACAAAGGGAAGUAAAAGGGAGGAACUGGCUCACACAUUGGCAUCUUUUAUUUUAUGGACCUUCAACAACCUGCUGGUCAUCACCUUCCUGUCCUCACACUUCUACAGUCUCUUGGAGAAAAGCACCUGCGUGAUCUCUGAAUAGCUCGUUGAGUUAGUGGACAUCACAGUGGCGUAGUGAAUAAAAUAGGUGUUAUGGUGUGUUGUCGAUGAGUGAACUGCCAGUUCUGUGAGUAUAGCGUGUACCUCGUGGUCAUGUGACGCUCUGGCUUGGAGAUGUCAGUUCAGAGAGGGUGAGAGGACGUGUCGUAGCAAGUGAAAGAAACGCGCGAGAGACGUGAGGCGGAGCGAAGUGGCUCGUAGAGACUUGACAGGUGAUCGCUAUGGCCAUAUCGACUUGUUUUAAUGUGUUUAAAUAUAAUAAUUGUAAAGGAGAGUAAUACUGGUCAGUGUAGGUGGUUCUCCUUUAACAUAACAGGGUUUGUAUCGCAGCCAUGUUUACAGAAACUGGUAUAUAAAGGAUUAUUUUCCCAUAAAUACAGACAGUAGUCAGUCGGAGCAACUCUGGGUCUAGCUUUCCUCCGCAGUCAUUUUCAGUGGCUUGAUGUGUGCAGUCUUCAUCACUACUGUAUGAACAAUAGCCUUGGAAAGUACAACGGGGUCCAAAAGUCUUUCUCAUUCAAGUGACUGGGAGAGUUGGAAAGUUGUUUAUAUGUAUACUUUCCAUGUUUUUUUGUGUAUCAAAGAUAGACAUAAUUGUAUAACUAUAUUUGUGAUAUAAAAAUUGAAUUAUCGGUGGCAAUGUGAACUAAUUCAAUGCUGUUUUACAAAGGAUCUGUCGGGGGCAAAAAAUCCUAAUGACGUAGAAUAGGCGAGGAUAUAAUGAGAGCUUCGUGUUUCAGAGGUGAAACAGGCUGGAGAAGCUGAUUUGCACUGGCCGCUAACCAAAAUAAUGUGAUGUCACUUUAUUUCAAUCGAGGGGCUUUUUCAGACGGCACCACUGAAGUCAGGACCAUGUGCUGUAACAGGCCCAGUAAAGGACAACACUCUAUCAGAUUGGGGAUGUACUGUUCUCGCAGUAUAUAACUGAGUAGCCCUAGGAACACAUCAGAGUGAGAGAGCCUUUCUCAACAGGCGGGUGUGAUGCUCCGAGGGCUUAAAAGCCAUGUUAACUGAGCUAUAGAGUCUGUUUAGUUGCAGGAAAAACCACACACACACACACGUGAAGCGACAAAACAUUCAGUAUAUUCAUGUCUGUAGUCGUGGGGAGGAUGGGAAUGUACAGAUAAAUAACCUAUGAAAUGGCUUGUACUGUUAACGCACUAAAGUUUCAGUGGACUACUUUUUUUGUCUGGGUGAAAACUGUCUCUUGAAGGAUUACAUUUUUGCACUUUUAAUACAAUUUCUGACUUUCCUAUUGGCAUGUUGUUUUUCUGUUCAAACCUGUAAGUGACAUGAAAGGCACGUUCAAAUCGAUUUGAAUGUAUAUCAAGAAAAAAAAACAAAGAAGCAAAUUAGUCCCCGUGUGCCUGCAUAUGCCUGUUGCUUUGGCGAUGAUUGUAACGGAGACAAAAUGAGUCAGAAUCAAAUCGUGUGAAAAGCAAGAAGGUCGCGUGAGAAGCUCAGAUAAUAUCGUACGGUAUACAACUUCACCUCAGCAUGAAAGUGGAAAAUCAACCAUAGCAAACGACGGAGAACAGUAACGACCUGCAUCUACUGUUGAAGGGACCUUGCAAACGAGAAGGACUAAAAAACAUUGAUGUACUGAGCAUAGAACGGUGACGCAACACACUCUGGAUCAUGGGGAAGGAAAAAUGAAGUAAAAAAAAAAAAGUGUUUGAUGAAAAUGUUGCAUCAUGUAUGUUUGAUACCUUUUUGUAUUAUUGAUAUGAAUUAUUGAUAUGAUUCUUGCAAAGUGUUUUUUUUUUUAAACAACUGAAUAAUUUAUUACUGUCUACGUUACCUCAGCGUGUCCCAGACCUGGACAAAAAAAAAGAAAAACAACAUAAACUCCCCUGUAUUUUUCUUAUUUGAUUCCCCAUAUAAGAGACUGCUAAUAUGUUGUUGACCAAAAAAAUGACUUUUAUUGCAGCUCAUGUGGAUGAUUUCCCCAUGAGAAUGUAACUCCAAUGACCAAAAGGGACAAUAAAAUCAGACUUUUAACUAUGUUUCAUUGUUCAAUGUAAAAAAAACAAAGCAGAUAAGCAUAAUACACCUUUGUCCUAAAGGUGUCAUCAUGGUUGGUACAAGUGAACCUGCUGAUUGGAUGCACCGUUUUAUAUACGAUCAAUUAUUCCACCCUGGAUUAUAUGUGAGCUUAUAAUUGAGCACUUAUGUUUUACAGUGACUGGAGAGACUGUGUUAUUUCUUUCCAAAUAGCUCACCAAGUAUUGCUGAUUUGAGUUGUGUAUACCUUCAAACGUCAAGGCCGUGUAAUUUGGACUUUUCACAGCCGUUGUGUAACGUGUGUUUUUGGACAGGUCUGUUGUGUUCUAACUGGCUGUGUCAGACUGAGGAGCUAGACGAGGCACAAACAAACUGUGGCCUUUUUAAUCUAGCCUCAGGGUUCGACUUUAUUUCAAUAAAAAAAAAUUAAAACACUUA